GUUACAGUGUCUGGCCUAUGGGAAGGAUAUACAAACCCCCUACGGUGUAAUCACCUCAAGGACGGUGGUAGCUUACUUUAGCAAAGCACCUUCUAGAGUUUACGUUCCAAUUUACGGAUCUAAGCGAGGUCCCUCUGGGAUUCAGGGAGGAAAGCGUUAAUCUCCGCAACAUUUCCCCAUCACCAAAAAGUCACAUCCUCUGAAGACGUCCCCUUCGUUUCCUCUCGCGAGAGUAUGAAAAAAACUUACGCUUUUUUUUAUUAGCCCCGCCCCCAGCCCUAUUAGUUGCCUAGCAACGAUGCAACCAACCUCCACAGGGCGAGGAAACUUGGGAGCUAGCGAUCUUUUUGGCUUUACAGUUUUCAUCCACCUUCCAGAGCCGGCGUCAGCGAUUCGGAUUUGAACCCGCCCCCUGGAGCCUGCGGGCGCCGGAUUGGUCGAUCCCCUCCAGACAUCUCCUGAAGAGCUGCCAUGUCUGGGAAUUUUGCAUCUUCCUCAGAACAGAACAACAACAGCUGUGAAACCAAAACCUCCAGUCUCCGAAUGUCAGAGAAGAAAUGUUCAUGGGCCUCUUACAUGACCAACUCCCCAACGCUCAUUGUUAUGAUUGGCCUGCCAGCCCGGGGCAAAACCUACGUGUCCAAGAAACUCACACGCUACCUCAACUGGAUUGGAGUGCCCACCAAAGUGUUUAAUCUUGGGGUAUAUCGGCGUGAAGCAGUCAAGUCCUAUAAGUCAUAUGACUUCUUCCGGCAUGACAACGAGGAGGCCAUGAAGAUCCGCAAACAGUGCGCUCUGGUGGCACUGCAAGAUGUGAAGGCAUAUCUUACGGAGGAGAGCGGGCAGAUCGCGGUGUUCGAUGCCACCAAUACCACUAGGGAGAGGCGGGACAUGAUUCUGAACUUUGCCAAGGAGAAUUCCUUCAAGGUAUUCUUUGUGGAAUCUGUCUGUGAUGAUCCUGAUGUCAUUGCUGCCAACAUCCUGGAGGUAAAGGUGUCGAGCCCUGACUACCCUGAAAGGAACAGGGAGAAUGUGAUGGAGGACUUCCUAAAGAGGAUCGAGUGCUACAAAGUCACCUAUCGGCCCCUUGACCCAGACAGCUAUGACAAGGAUCUUUCUUUCAUCAAGGUGAUAAAUGUGGGCCAGCGAUUUUUAGUGAACAGAGUCCAGGACUACAUCCAGAGCAAAAUAGUCUACUACCUCAUGAAUAUCCACGUGCAGCCUCGCACCAUUUACCUUUGCCGGCACGGAGAGAGUGAAUUCAACCUCUUGGGGAAGAUUGGGGGCGACUCUGGCCUCUCGGCACGGGGAAAGCAGUUUGCCCAGGCUCUAAGGAAGUUUCUGGGGGAACAGGAGAUAGCAGACCUCAAAGUGUGGACAAGCCAGCUGAAGAGGACUAUCCAGACUGCUGAGUCCCUGGGUGUAACAUAUGAGCAGUGGAAGAUUCUGAAUGAGAUUGAUGCUGGUGUGUGCGAGGAGAUGACCUACGCAGAGAUUGAGAAGCAGUACCCAGAGGAGUUUGCGCUUCGGGACCAAGAGAAAUACCUGUAUCGAUACCCUGGCGGGGAGUCGUACCAGGACCUGGUGCAGCGGCUGGAGCCUGUCAUCAUGGAGCUGGAGCGUCAGGGCAACGUCCUCGUCAUCUCCCACCAGGCUGUCAUGCGCUGCCUCCUGGCCUACUUCUUGGAUAAGGGUGCAGAUGAGCUACCGUACCUGAGGUGUCCUCUCCACACCAUCUUCCAGCUUACUCCUGUGGCCUACGGAUGCAAAGUGGAAACAAUUAAACUCAACGUGGAGGCUGUGAACACUCAUCGCGACAAGCCAACUAACAACUUCCCCAAGAACCAAACCCCUGUAAGGAUGAGAAGGAACAGCUUUACGCCUCUGUCCAGUUCGAAUACAAUAAGGCGUCCAAGAAAUUACAGUGUUGGGAGCCGGCCCCUCAAGCCCCUCAGCCCUCUCCGUGCCCUGGACAUGCAAGAAGGGGCCGACCAGCCGAAGACCCAAGUCAGCAUUCCGGCGGAGUCCAUGCUGGCUGUGCACAGGCACUUGUCUUCCACGAUGUCCCUCACGUCGCAUUCCUGAUGACGAGAAGUUUGAGAGGCCAGACUUCUCCAGGAUCAACUAUAAAGCUUGGGAUGUCAGCUCCACAGGGGCUUGAUCAGGAAGUUGAGCGGGGAUCGGAUGUUGAGAUCCCCCAAAAUGAGGCCUGGAAAAACAUCACAUUUCUUCCCCUCAUGCCUAAUGCAAUUUCUGCUACACUGAAGAACUUCACUUCCCUGUGCCUCAAAAUAUCUAACAGCCUGAGUCCAUUAGUUUUUAUUAUCUCCUUGCUGGGUGUGACCUCAGUUGGUCAAUCUUGUUCCGUUUGGGCAUUUAACUUCCUACCUGCAAUUGUAUCCCUGGCUGGCUGUUCUUUCCUGAAAUGCACACGUACCUCUUUGGAUUUAAUUGUUUCCAAGUGAGCGGGCUGUGCUGCGCAAGCCUUUUCUGUGCUCUAAGAGCUGGUCUCUCCAUCCGUUCCGGGCGAACGGGCUUGAGUACGACAUACCUAUGCGAGCAGUCCCUUUGUCACGUUGGAAACAAGAGACACAUUCACCAGGUGAAUAGAGAGGGUAUCUGAGAAAUUCAGUCCCUGAAACGUCUCUACUGUGGUGAUGGAGAAGCAGCGUCAGCUGCCUUUUCGUUUAGAGAAGGUUUUCUUGUUCCAGGCCCCGUAAGGGCAGGAUCUGACUGCAAGGCUCCCCAGAAUGCAUACCCAUCUUCUAACUUCCCUUUUCAUUUUCUACCUGUAUUUUCUAGCUGAUGCUGGGUCCUCUCAUAGCUGCAGAGGGAUAAUACCGUUCUCCAGUGGGUGGGAAUGAAGACGAGAAAGAAAAGUAGGGCACCAUUUGCAUUACCUGAAGAAGUAAAGAAGGUUCCUUGGGAAUCAGCUCUACCAGGGAGUUCUGGCUUCAAAACAAGUGUAGGGGGACGUGACUUUCUGUGGGGUCUGUCACCGUGAUGUGGUCUCUAAGCUGCCGCUGUGACUUCAAGAGCAGUCUUCUGAUGCCUGCCUCUUAGCUAAUUGUCACUAUCGGGGUCUACUGAUCUGGUCUCUUAGGUAAAACGCGGCAGGGGAGGGGCAGGGAACAAAGGGGAACCACGUCCUUGAUGUAUCCAUCAUUUGGUUUCCCUUAAAGAUAAGCCAGGUAAUCGUUAACUAGAUCAGUGGUUGUCAAAUGUACAAAUAUCUUUGUCAGUGUGAUUUUAAUCUGUCACCACUCCGAAGGAGGCUAUGGAAGCUCCAAGGGAUAAAUAUCUUACAUGCAACCCCCCACCUUUUUUUUUUUUUUUUUAAGAACAGUAAGUUUUUAGCUUUGUAAAUAAUUUUUCUCUUUCAUGCAAAUACCCACUUGCGGGACAAGAGGGUAAGUAGCAAGAGAAGUAAUGAAAUGCAACUGUUCCCAAACGGUUCUUUUAUACUGUGGAUGAUACAGGGCUCUGUUACCUAAGAUGUGAUGAGCUGGGCUGCAGGCAGUUCAGCAUCCAGCAACUAGGAGCUGCUUUUAUACGCACAAAGCUGCCUUCGGAAAGGCUCCUGACUCUGCUCUGUGGCAGGUGAUUUUCAUCUAGCUGCUCGUAGCUUGCUGUACUGGAACGCUUCAGUUCCUGUGAUGCAGGUUUCUUACUGCAUCUAAACACAGUGUCUGUUGAUGAUCCGAUAAUGUUCUUAUUUAGUUAUUUAUUCAUCCAUGUAAGAUAUUUCGAAGUCCCCAUAUUAGUGUUUGCAUGUGUUUAAUCAGAAUGUAAGAUAAUUGCUGGUGUCACUUUUCUGGUAGAAAUUUAGGUAGUUUGAGAUUUUAAGUCUGAUGUCCAUAGUAUUACCUUAAACUAAAUUUCCAGGGCAUAGGUAUCUGUCUUCUAUAAAAUGGUGAUAACUGUGCUAAGACACAGUGGAUGGCUUUUGAAUACUUUUUUUUCUCAUUGAUUUUUAUUGUAAGUAUCAUCCAAGAGAUGCAUUUCUCUGGAGAAAAUAAAAUCAUGCUAAAAUA